CGCCGGCAGGUUUUGCUGCUCUUCUUUUACUUCUCUACUUUCCUCUCUGCUGUGUACAGCCAUGACCACCGUCAGCCCCGUGCACCCGUACUGGCCUCGGGACCUACGGCUGGACAACUUUGUGCCUAACGACAUCCCCGCUCGGCAUAUCCUGGCUGGCCUCUUCUCAGCAUCUGGGGUCAUAGUCGUGACCACUUGGCGCUUGUCCAGUCGAGCUGCAGUCAUCCCCCUGGGGACUUGGAGGCGGCUGUCCCUGUGCUGGUUUGCAGUGUGCGGGUUCAUUCAUCUGGUGAUUGAGGGCUGGUUCGUCCUCUACUAUAAGGACUUCCUCGGAGAUCAAGCCUUCUUAUCCCAACUCUGGAAAGAGUACGCCAAAGGGGACAGUCGGUAUAUCCUGGGUGAGAACUUCAUAGUAUGCAUGGAGACCAUCACAGCGUGGAUGUGGGGACCCCUCAGCCUAUGGGUGGUAAUUGCCUUUCUCCGCCAGCAACCCGUCCGCUUUGUCCUCCAGCUUGUGGUUUCUGUGGGCCAGAUAUACGGGGAUAUCCUGUAUUUUCUGUCAGAGCACCGUGACGGGUACCAGCAUGGGGAGCUGGGUCACCCAAUCUACUUCUGGUUUUACUUCGUUUUUAUGAAUGCCUUGUGGCUGAUGUUGCCGGGAGUCCUCGUGCUCGAUUCUGUAAAGCAUCUCACUUAUGCCCAGAGCACACUGGAUGCCGAGACCGCAAAAGUCAAGAGCAAGCUGAACUAGGGAGUAGUGUGGGCUGGGCUUCGAACACUGGCUGAUGGAGAACUCAUCACUUCCCCGAAGUGUCAACUCCUGCCCCCACGGGCUAGUGGGACAAAGGUACCGAACUUGUCAAACUCGGGCUGAGGGGUGGGCCCCAAAAGGGCCAGCGAGCGGAAAGAAAGCAAGAAGGGCGAAGUGGAGCUACUGCCAACAGCUGUUGCUUGGAACAAAGGCAUAAGAAGACCUGGGGGAGGUCCAUGAUGGUGGCGUUUUUUUAAAUCUGGAAAUAAAAUAUCUUGACUCUAA